CCAAUGGAUAAAUACAACACAUCUACAGAUUUUACCUUCAUGGGGCUCUUUAACAGAAAGGACACCUCAGGACUGCUUUUUACGAUCAUCACAAUCAUCUUUUUCACCGCACUAAUGGCUAAUGGGAUCAUGAUCUUCCUCAUCCGCACAGACUCCCGCCUCCACACCCCCAUGUAUUUUCUGCUCAGUCACCUCUCCUUCAUUGACAUGAUGUACAUCUCAACCAUUGUUCCCAAAAUGCUAGUUGAUUAUAUGCUGGGUCAAAGGACCAUCACUUUUGUGGGAUGUACAGCUCAGCAUUUCCUGUACCUUACCCUGGUGGGAGCAGAAUUCUUUUUGUUAGGUCUCAUGGCCUACGACCGCUAUGUUGCCAUCUGCAACCCUUUGAGAUACCCUGUCCUAAUGAGCCGUAGAGUCUGUUGGAUGAUCAUAGCAGGAUCUUGGUUUGGGGGUUCUUUGGAUGGCUUUCUCCUAACCCCCAUCACUAUGAGCUUUCCUUUCUGCGGCUCCCGGGAGAUUAACCAUUUCUUUUGCGAGGCACCAGCUGUCCUAAAGUUGGCAUGCGCGGACACGGCCCUCUAUGAGACAGUGAUGUAUGUCUGUUGUGUUUUGAUGCUGCUGAUUCCUUUCUCAGUGGUAAUUGCUUCCUACGCUCGAAUUCUUACCACAGUCCACCGGAUGAGCUCUGUGGAAGGGAGAAAGAAAGCGUUUGCCACCUGCUCGUCUCACAUGACUGUGGUGACCUUGUUUUAUGGGGCUGCCAUGUACACAUACAUGCUGCCACACUCUUACCACACCCCAGCCCAGGACAAAGUCCUUUCUGUAUUCUACACUAUCCUCACACCCAUGCUGAACCCCCUCAUCUACAGUCUAAGGAACAAAGACGUGGCUGGAGCCCUACAGCGGGCCUUGGGAAAGUGUAGAUCUUCACAAAGAGUGUCAGGGGAUGCCUUUUAA